AUGGUGCAAUUACCCGACCCGACUGCCGACCUUAAUUGGUCUGGCUACGCUGGCGCAAUUCACGAGUUUUUCCAGCAACAAGCAGAAGCCCACCCCGACCGCCCAUGUGUGAUUGAGACUCAGUCGUCGACCACGCCCGAGAGGCGCUUCACCUACCGCCAAAUCUACGAGGCCUCCAACACACUCGCCCACUACCUCCACGAUGCCGGAGUCACCAACGGGGACGUCGUCAUGAUCUGGGCGCACCGUUCCGUGGAUUUGGUCGUCAGCUUGAUGGGUAUUCUGGCUGCUGGAGCGACCAUGACGGUUCUCGAUCCUGCUUACCCUCCAGCAAGACAGCAGAUUUACCUCGAGGUUUCCCAACCUCGUGCUCUACUCAGAAUUGGCAGGGCGACCGACGAGAAUGGCCCAUUGGCACCACAGGUGCAGCAAUACAUCGACAGCGAACUCCAGCUCAAGGCCGAUGUGCCUGAGCUGCGCCUACACGACGAUGGUUUCCUUUCCGGAGGCGAGAUCGACGGAAAGGACGUUUUCGAAAAGGCCAGGCAAGCAGGUUCGGGGCCGCCCCCGCCCGUCAUCGUUGGUCCCGACUCCAACCCGACUCUCUCAUUUACGUCGGGAAGUGAAGGCCGCCCCAAGGGCGUCCUGGGUCGCCACGACAGUUUGGCGAGAUACUUUCCUUGGAUGUCCAAGCGCUUCAACUUGACCUCGGAAAGCAGAUUUACCAUGCUUUCUGGUAUCGCCCACGACCCCAUCCAGCGAGACAUUUUCACGCCCCUCUUCUUGGGCGCUCAGUUGCUGGUGCCCGCCAAGGAGGACAUCCAACACGAAAAGCUGGCCGAGUGGUUCCGUGACCACAAGCCUACCGUCAGUCACUUGACACCGGCUAUGGGUCAGAUUCUCGUCGGAGGUGCCACUGCAGAGUUCCCCAGCCUGCAGCAGGUCUUUUUUGUUGGUGAUGUUCUCACCACUAGAGAUUGCCGCACUCUUAGAAAACUCGCCGUCAAUGCCAACAUUCAAAAUAUGUUUGGUUCGACCGAGACGCAAAGAGCUGUCAGCUAUUUCGAGGUCCCCAGCAGAGCUAGAGAUGCCGAUUUCAUGGACAAGCUGAAGGACACCGUCCCAGCUGGAACUGGUAUGGAGGGUGUACAGCUGUUGAUUGUCGACCGUCAAGACCGCACCAAGCUGUGUGGAGUAGGUGAGACGGGAGAGAUCUACGUUAGAGCUGCUGGUUUGGCAGAGGGAUACCUAGGUGAUCCUCAGAAGAACCAGGAGAAAUUUGUCAACAACUGGUUUGUUGACGAGAAGAAGUGGGCCGAGCUUGAUCAGCAGCUCAACAAGAAUGAGCCCUGGAGAAAGUACUUCCAAGGCCCCCGAGACCGAAUGUACCGAACUGGUGAUCUCGGCAAGUACCUUGAGUCGGGCGAUGUGGAGUGUACUGGUCGCGCUGAUGACCAAGUCAAGAUCCGUGGCUUCAGAAUCGAGCUCAACGAGAUUGAUAGCAAUCUGAGCCAGAGCCCUCUAAUUCGGGACUGCAAGACCCUCGUGCGAAGAGAUCGUAACGAAGAACAGACGUUGGUGAGCUAUAUUGUGCCCGAAACGGCCGAGUGGCAACGCUUUGUCGCCGCGCGCGAGAUUGAAGAUGUCGAGGAUGAAGGUCUGGAAAUGGGCUCCGUCAAGGUCUACUUGAAAAAGUACCGAGUUCUCCAGACCGAGGUCAGAGACCACUUGAAGACCCGUCUGCCGGUGUAUGCAGUCCCGACAAUCUACAUUGUCCUCAACAGGCUUCCCCUCAACCCCAACGGCAAGGUGGACAAGCCAAACCUGCCCUUCCCUGAUGUUGCGGAGCGUGUGGAGGAUGCCUCUGAGGAGGACUUGAAGAGCUGGGAGUCUCUUUCGGAGACUGCAAAGAAUGUUGCCCAGCAGUGGGCCGACGUCGUCCGUGGCUUGAACCCCAAGACUAUCCGACCAGAGCACAACUUCUUUGACCUUGGCGGCCACAGUCUCUUGGCUCAACAGCUGCUCCUCAACAUUAGACAGAACAUUGGCGCAAACGUCUCCAUCAACACACUGUACGAGUUCCCAAGUCUGGCUGGGUUCAGUGCAGCCAUCGACAACCUGCUCAACAAGGCCAGCGGUGCUGCUGCCGAGGGUGCUGAAGAGGGCGAUCCCGCGUAUGCCAAGUCUCUGGACGAGCUCAUGGGCCGUCUGGCACCCAAGUACCAGACAGCCAACUUGGACGCAAUUGGUGGUUCCGAGCCUCUUACAGUCUUCCUCACGGGAGCCACAGGUUUCCUGGGUGCCUACUUGGUCAAGGACAUUAUGGAUCGCACAAGCCGCCAGGUCAACCUGAUUGCUCAUGUCCGAGGUGUCAAGGACUCGGCGGCGGCUCUGGAUCGCCUCAAGCGCUCCAUCAGCGCCUACGGUCUUUGGAAGGAGGAAUGGGCUUCAAGAGUAAGCUGUGUUAUUGGUGAUCUGGCUCUGCCAAACCUUGGACUCGACGAGGCCAGCUGGAAAAAGGUUGCCAAUGAGGCAGAUGUCAUUAUCCACAACGGUGCAACUGUCCACUGGGUCAAGAGAUACCAAGAUAUGAUGACUGCCAAUGUCUUGUCUACUCUCGACGCAUUGACGCUCUGCAACGAAGGAAAGCCCAAGACAUUCACAUUUGUCAGCUCGACCAGUGUGCUGGACACUGAUCACUACAUCCAGCUUUCCGAGCAGCAAACCAGCACUGGCCAGGGAGCUGUCUACGAGACCGAUGACAUGGAAGGCAGCCGCAGAGGUCUUGGCACAGGCUACGGCCAGACCAAGUGGGUUUCCGAGCAACUUGUCCGAGAGGCAGGCAAGCGUGGACUGUCGGGCUCCGUCAUUCGGGCCGGCUACAUUCUUGGUGACAUGAUUACUGGUGUUUGCAACACUGAUGACUUCCUGAUUCGAAUUCUCAAGGGUUGCGUGCAACUUUCAUCGCGCCCGCGCAUUGUCAACACUGUCAAUGCUGUCCCGGUUAACCACGUCUCUCGCAUCGUUGUCGCUGCCGCCCUGAACCCUAUUCCGGACGGUGCUCACGUCCUGCACGUCACGGCCCACCCCCGCCUUCGCAUGAAUGAGUACCUGUCCCUGCUGGAGUACUAUGGCUACAAGACCCCCGAAGUCAGCUACGACGCCUGGAAGUCUGAGCUGGAAAAGUUCGUGUCUGCUGGUGCCCUUGAGAAGGAUCAAGAGCAGCAUGCUCUCAUGCCCCUGUUCCACUUUUGUAUGAACGACCUCCCUGCAAACACCCGUGCUCCUGAGCUAGACGAUAGAAACACGGCUGCAGUGCUCAAGGCAGAUGCGGAGAGGUGGACAGGCGUUGAUGAGAGUUUUGGCUACGGCAUUGGCAGAGAAGAGAUUGGCAAGUACUUGGGGUACCUGGCCAAGAUCAAGUUCAUUAGCGAGCCAACGGAGAAGGGAAGGCCUUUGCCCGAGAUCACGACAGAGGCUCAAGCCAUUGGUGGACGUGGUGGUGCGGCUUAG